AUGCAGGUGCCUCUAUUUCGUCUCCAAUGCGGCUGCAAUAGCUACGACUGGGGCAAGAAAGGCAAAGAAUCGGCUGCAGCAAGAUAUGCUGCAACAACCCCCUCAGACGACUUCACCAUCAAAGAGGACAAGCCGUAUGCUGAGCUAUGGAUGGGCACCCACCCCUCCCUGCCAUCCAAGGAUCUCACCACAGGCCGCAGUUUGCUCGACAUGGUCUCUGACAACCAGUCCCUCAUGGGAACUGACAUCACCGAGAAGUACAACAAGAAACUACCCUUUCUUUUCAAAGUUCUCUCGAUUAGCAAGGCACUCUCCAUCCAAGCCCACCCAAACAAGAAACUUGCCGAGCAACUUCACGCCAAAGACCCCAAGAACUAUCCGGACGACAAUCACAAGCCCGAGAUGACGCUAGCCAUCACCCCGUUCGAGGGUCUAUGCGGAUUCCGACCCUUGAAGGAAAUCGCCCAUUUCCUGUCUACCAUUCCACCUCUACGCGAGUUAGUUGGGGAGAACGAGGCCAAAGGUCUCGAGGAGAUUGCCAACUCCCCGUCUGCUACACCCGAAGAAGCCAAAGCACGCCUGAAAGCCGCCUUCAGCUCGCUCAUGAAGACGCCUCGCGACAAAGUGGCUGCCAAAUCCAAAGAGCUUGUCCAGCUGGCCCAAUCCGGCUCCAUCACUCCAGGCCCCAGCGUCAACACGUCCGAAGAAUUGUGCGAGCUCGUCCAGCGCUGCAACAGCCAGUUCCCGGAGGAUAUUGGGUUAUUCGUGCUCUUCUUCCUGAACUACGUCAAGCUUUCGCCCGGACAAGCCAUGUAUCUCAAGGCAGAUGAUAUCCACGCAUACAUCUCCGGCGACAUCAUCGAGUGCAUGGCCAGCAGCGACAACGUCAUCCGUGCCGGCUUCACGCCCAAGUUCCAAGACGUCGACACCUUGACGGACAUUCUGACCUACGACCACGAGCCACCUGAGAAACAGCUCCUCCAGCCCGUUCCUUACCCAUACGUCACGCUGAAUGACAAGGCCUACAGCUCCAAUAGCGAGUCGCUGCUGUAUGACCCGCCGAUCGAGGAGUUCAGCGUCGUCCGCACCUUACUCAAAAAGCCCGGCGCAAAGGCCACGUUUGAAGGCAUUGCCGGCCCCAGCAUCGUCAUCUGCACCAGCGGCGAGGGUAAGAUCAGUGUAGGUCCCAAAGUCGAAGAUAUCAAGGAAGGCUGGGUCUACUUCGUCGGUGCAACAGCCGAGCUUGUGAUUGAGAGCAGCAGCGACGAGAUGGUCACUUUCCGCGCCUUCUGUGAAAUCGGCGAUGGUGCCAAGGAGAAUGGUACCCAUUGA